AGUCCACAUAAGUCGAACUCGUGUAAGUCGAACUUCCGGAUAGCGCGAAGGAUUCUCUUGGUCCCGGUUGAAUGCCGAUCGAAGUAAUACAAAGAGUUCCUGGUAAGUCGAAUUUGCGUAAGUCGAAGUUUCACCUGUCUCGAUCAAUGCAGCAGACCCGUGCAUGAGAAAUGUCCGGGUAACUCGAAGAAAUGAUCACGUGACUGCGGCACGUGGUUGUGCUGUAUCAGACGUCGUCCGUGUCCAGACAUGUCGACAGAACAUACAUCAGAACGUUAUCGUUCGAGCUCUCGAAAGUUGGUAACGCUGUCGCUUAAGAGAAAGAUUGAGUUGAUACAGUGCGUUGAAAGUGGUGGAAAGAGAAAGAAAGAAAUUGCGAGCGACUUUGGAAUAGCGCCAAACACGCUGUCGACUAUACUUCGUGAUAAAGACAGAUACCAAAGGCUUUUCUAUGGAGGAAAGACGGACUUGAACAAGAAAAGAGCUCGAGGAGCUGUGCACGAGGACGUAGAUGAAGCGUUGCUAGCAUGGUUUACGUGUGCAAGAUCUGACAACGUGCCACUUAGCGGCCCCAUAUUGAUGGGGAAAGCUGAAGAGUUGGCGAAGAAGCUAGGGAAACCCGAUUGGUCUUGUAGUGUGGGGUGGCUGGACAGAUUCAAAAAACGCCAUUCCAUUGCAUGUAAGUCAAUGUCUGGGGAGAGAGCUGCAGUAGAUGAAGAAACUACAGAUUCAUGGAAAGCUGAGGUAUUGCAUUCAAUACUUUCAAAAUAUCAUCCAAGAGAUGUGUUCAAUGCUGAUGAGACUGGGAUAUUUUGGAGACUCCUGCCUGACAAGACACUAGCCUUUAGACACGAGAAAUGUCAUGGUGGAAAAAAAUCAAAAGAAAGAGUAACAGCUAUGGUAUGCGCGAACAUGGAUGGCACAGAAAAGAUGCCUUUGUUGGUAAUUGAAAAAUUCAAAAAUCCAAGGUGUUUUAAAAGAAUCAGGAAACUUCCCGUUGACUAUGAAGCAAAUAAGCGUGCCUGGAUGACAAGGGAACUGUUCAUUAAAUGGGUGAGACCGUUUGAUGCGAGAAUGAGUAAAGCCAAGAGAAAGGUGUUGCUGGUUGUUGACAACUGUAGCUCACAUAUCAACAUACCUGAUUUGAAAGCCACAGAGUUUCUGUUUCUGCCUCCAAAUGCCACUGCCAAACUUCAACCAUGUGAUUGUGGAAUCAUAAAGAACUUUAAGAGCCACUAUAGAUCUUUAAUGCUUCGCAAGCUGUUACAGCAUAUUGAAUCAGGAAUGAGACCAGGAGAGUUUUCCAUUAAUCUUUUGGAUUCUGUGAUGCUUUUAGAACAGGCUUGGAACUUAGUCACAAUGACCACUGUGAAGAACUGUUUUAGGAAAGCGGGAUUCUACACAGAUGAUAAUUCAGAUGUGGAAACAGAGGAUGCAAAUAUCAGACCUCUUGUAAGAGAGCUUAUUGACCGAGGUGUCAUAGAUGCUUCACUUACUGAAGAUGAGUUUAUUGAAGUUGAUUCGGAGUUGUCAGUAUCACCUGGAUUGCCAACAGCAUCCGAAAUCAUCGGCAGUCUUCAGAGUUCGGAAAAAACUGGCAACCCUCUCCAUAUUGAAUCAGAAGAGGAUGACUGUGGUGACGAACUACCACCAGUUAGCCACUAUGAAGCUAGCAAUUGCCUGCAAAAACUGCGGGUUUUUGUUGCACAAAGAGAUGGUGAUUCCGACUUACUAGAGAAGCUAAACAAAUUAGAGAGACAGAUUGAUGUCUUUGCUAUGGAGAACCGAUUUCAGCCAACUCUAGAGUCUUUUUUCAGUGCAAGUACUGUAGGUAGGAGUGGCUGUAUGUAA